AUGUUUCACCGUUUCGACUUCUCUACUUUCCGCAGCGCCGAUCAGGCCGAGCGUGAGGAGUUUUGCCGCCAAUUCGUAGCCAGUUUGCAGCAGCAUGGCUUCUGCAAAAUAGUCAACCAUUAUGUACCGCCGGCGGACAUCGACCAGGCAUUUGAGAUCAGCCGGGCGUUCUUCGAGCUGCCUCUUAAUGAGAAGCUUAAGUCUCCUCAUCCCGCAGCAGACAACCCACACCGAGGCUACAGCGCCUUUGGCGUCGAGAAGGUCUCAACGCACUCGAAUUAUGACGCUGCGAACCCGAUGCCACUGCUUAAGGAUAUGAAGGAAUCCUACGACAUCGGCUCUGAGAGUGACCCUCUGUGGGAUAACAUCUGGCCUCCAUCCGGCGUACUUGAUACCUUUCGGCCCACCUUCACCUCCUUCUAUUCAGCCUGCUACCACGCCGAGCUCGCCAUUCUUGAGGCCCUUUCGCUAGGGCUGGGACUCCCCGCGGAAACGCUAGCCAACCUCCACAAGGACGAGAUCAAUGAGUUGCGUCUGACGCGCUAUCCUGAAGUGUCGCGCAGCGACUUUGCGCACUCCACGCGGAUAGCGGCUCAUACUGACUUUGGUACCAUUACGUUGCUUUUUCAGGAUGACGUGGGCGGACUGCAGGUAGAGGCACCAUAUGGGAGUGGAAAGUUCAUAGACAUUGACAGCGGAGGCCGCUAUGAAUGCAUCCUCAACGUGGGAGACUGCCUACGCAAAUGGACAGGACUCUGCAGUGCGAGGCAUCGUGUGCACUUGUCCGAGGCGGUCCAAACCAACGGGUCUGAAAUGGGCCUGACAAAUGAUGUAGUCCCAGAGCGCUAUUCCAUUGCGUACUUCGCAAAACCGGAUCGGACGGCAAGUUUGCGGCCGCUCUUGGGCUCUGAGGCUGACAAGUCAAAUGAUGGGACUGUGUGUAUGACUGCUGGAGAGUUUCAGAACAUGAGGAUUCAAGGAACCUAUUAG